AUGCAGAGCCCAAGGACCAACAAUACGGCUCGCCGUUUGUUGACAUUCACCAUAAAUGAGUUGACCGCAGCAUUGAUGUUGGUUAGGGAUGAAAACAACCAGGGAUAUCAUGAGGACCCGGCAGCAUUCACAUUGCAUGAGCUGGGAGGAGCAUUGACAUUGAUUAGUGACCAAAACGAAAUAUUUACUGCGCACAAGGGACAUGGUUCGGAGGAGUUGCCAAGCCCAGCGACCGAAGAAUGCCCAGCAUGUGUUUUCCUGCGCACACCUGCAACCAUUGCUAUAUUUGUGGGACAGCAAUUGCAUCAAGCCGCAUCGCGACAGGCUCGGACAUUAGUACUAUCGCACCGACAUCUGCAACAGAAGGCAAAGCUGCGCAGGAGAGAGGGAGCAGAUCUUGUGACAGUGGUUGUGCAGUGUACCUGCAGGGAUUGA